UAUCGGGAUAUAGGUCUUGACUGUAUAUAUUUUUAGAUUUGGUCCGUUUAUCCUACAGUCUGUAUUACCUCCCAGGUCUUGAAGAUCAUCUGUCAAUCUGUCAAUUUGCGAUCCAACUCACAACUCCGAAAGAAUUGUUAUUAUGACUGAAACAGAAGCCAAGUCAAUACAUACAUUAAUUCGUGAACUACAAAGUAUAAUUAAAAAUUCACAGGAGCAAUGGGGCUUAAAUUUUCCUAAAGGACAAGGAGAUAAAGGGGAUAAAUCGGAUAAAUCUCAGACAAAUAUUGCGAUUGCAAAUGCUGUACAUACAUUUGGGCCAGUAAACUUAAAUGAGUUAUUCGAAGAAAUUCCACAAAAAAUCACACUUAUGCGAGAAAUAAUUACUCAAUUUAAGAAUAAUAUGUUGACUGGAAUUCAAGGGUCAGAACAAUCAUUAAGUAAUUAUAUUAAUCAACUCAAAAAAGAAACAGAACGUCUUGAUUCACUUGCCGAAUUAAAAGAUAGUAUCAAGACAUGUAAAAGUUUGGCUUUAGAUGCAUGUCAUGAUAAUUCGACAGCAUUUAAAUUUAUUAUACAACAGAUCGAAAGUUUGGGAAAACAACUUGGACUUUUAAUAUAUCAUGAUACUGGAGAGCCAGGAGAGACAGUAUUGACGAUGAGUGGAGCGAUUAUAGUGUUAGAUAUAAAAUAUGACGAAAUCUUGAAUCGAAUUAUUAAAGUUGUUGUUUCGUAUGCGACUGAUGCUCGUCAAAAUGAUAAAGAUGAUCGUGUUAAUAAUUUAUUGACUCAGCAAUUAAGCGAUUUCAAACAAUUUAAUUUAUUUAAGAAAAAUCUUGAAACUUUAAAAACAUUGGAGACAAUGUCGAAAUUAAUUCAGCCAGUUGAUUGUUUUCAUUGUAUAAAAUGCAUAAGUAAUGAUAUAAAAACAAUUUAUGAAAAAGAAUUUGCUAUUACAAAUGGAGAUGUUCAAAAAAUAUUGACCGAAGGUCAUGGAAUACCAUUGUUCAAUGUUGAUCGAGUAGGUCCUUCGAUCGCAUAUUGGGCUCCUAAACAUCAAAUUAUGGAAAUAGAUUGGAAGUUCAUCAAGGACAUUAUAAUUCAAGGUGAAAUGCAUGAGUCAUUUCGAUCUCUUCAUCGAAUGUGGAUUUCGAUGGAAAAAUCUCGAACACCACACUUAUUUUUGCCACCUGGUAGAAAUCAAUAUUUGCUUAAUGAUGAAUUAGAAAACGAAAUUGAAUUAAUGGAAAAUUACUAUAUUAGUCCAGAACUUCCAGAAGUGCAAUUUUCUUUACUUCAAGCUCCUUUAAAGUUUUUACAUCCAAAGGAAGAUUCUACAAUUUUUGCUUCCGCACUUAUAGAAUUUGUCGUUUGGCUUGAUCCACCGGUAUAUGUUUCUGAUAACGUAGCUAGACAUAUUGGAAGUUAUGCUGGUAUUGUCAAUAGAGGAUAUUUUGUAAGCAGCGCGUUUCAAAAAAAAGAUCCUCAAACUUUAUCAUUAGAGCAACUGUUGAUAGAAGGAAUUAUCCCUCCUAUAAAGCAUAGUUCUACAUCUCGAGCUCCAAAGAUAAUUCACCAAUGGGAAAAGAAAUUCGAUGAUUCGCUAUAUCUUCAAGUAUUCAAUUUAGACAGUAAAUGUAAUACAAAGGCAAGAAGGAUUGAUCGUAUUCCAUUUUCCAAUCUAUUUCAAGUAUAUGGGCUCAUUAAGAUAUUAAGACAACAGCUUCUUUUUAAUAAACUAUAUCAAAGUUGUUUUAAUUCUUCAACUUACAAACAAAUAACAAUAACAAGACCAUCUAAACAUGAUCAUGCUGAAAAGAUUUCGCCAGAUGCAGAAGAUGCAGAAGGUUAGUAACGUUGUUAAAAAAGCUCCAUUCUAUUUUAA